ACGGGUCAGAUCAGAGUAGAACGUUCGCCUGGAACGACCUAAAUUUCGUCUCUCCCAAAUUGCCUCAGUACCGGCUCCAAUCCGAACACUCCGUCUAGUAAUGUUUCUGGUUAAAAAUUCCACAGCCCUCCGUUCGCAGCACCUGUUCAAUGGGGCGAAGGAGCUAAUUAGGGCACAAUUCUCGGCCAUAACGCUGGUUAACCAACGUCAAAGACACACGGAUGCGGAUGAGGAUGCGGAGCAGGGGCCAACGAGGAAGUGCCAAAGCAAGAAGAAGGCGGAGGAGGCGAAGAAGUGCGUCAAGUUUGUCCCUUCAAACGCCCUGAAGGCGGAAUGCGUGCCAAUCAAUAACAUUGUGCCGAAGUACUACAAACAGCUCAAUCCCUGCAAGACGGACAAGGAGCUGGCCGUGCAGCACCCAAAGUACCUGGGUGUCUACGGCAGGUGCGACAUCCCCUACUUACCGGAGCCCCAUUGCCAGGAUCCCUGCGAUCUGGUCGAGCGACUGGACGACAAGUACUACAAGCCCAGCAAGAGUUUGGACCGCGACUUCGAUCAGUACUGGGUGGAGUGCUUCUUCCGCAAGCAGAAGCGCUGCUGCAAGAAGGUGCCGCCGGAGCGCACCCAGCGCGUCAUCUACAACAAGUGCGCCGCCGUUCCCAAACGGAAGCAGUGCUUCAUGGUCAAUCCCAUGCCCUGCAAGCAGGAGGCCAAGGAGGGGCCCUGCCCCAAGUUCUCGCUCUGCGGAUGUCCGCCACCAGCCGCCAAGACCAACUGCAAGGUCACUGCCCGGAGGAAGCGCUGCCGCCGGCGCUCGUGCCAGUAUCCCAGCUUCUCAGAGUGCCAGCACGAGGAGCUCAACGUGGGCAGGCCCGUCGAGUGCCGCUGCCUGGAGGUGCCGCCCAUGUGCCUGGUCUACCGACGGGGUCUGCUCAACAUCCGCCUUCCCUGCCAGCGACCAGAGAGCCGAGACCCCUGCGAAUCGUAAAGCGUUAACCCGAUUCGGUGGAUUCGGUGGCCACAGCGAGACGGACGCACUUGCUCCUCUCUAGGUGCCUUUGUUUCCGGCACACAAAUCAACAGUCCCAUUUGGCGAGUUUCGAAAUUUUGGUGAAAUAAAUAUGGCCGCUUGAUCACUUAAAAAAA